AUGGUACCCCACUAUUCAUGGACUGACGAACGCGUACGCGUCCAAAGAAGUUUACACACAACUUUGUAUUACGCCGGCCAAGUUUUUGACGACAUAGCCUAUGACUUGGACAGAGAUUACCAGUUGCAGAAACAGCAAAAAUUAUUAUGGCGCCGGGGCCACUCUUUCAAUGUUGCCCCCACACAAAGCGUACGGGAAAGAACUGUUAUGGAUGUAGCGAGGACUUGGCUUCGGACACAUGAAGAUGCUCAAGUUAUGUUAGCAAGUGUGUUGGUUGUAAUUGGCCUGUGGUGGCUUGUCCGAACGGUUCUUGCGUUGAUCCUCAACUUAAUCUGUCCGCUGAUGGUCGUUAUACUUGCUGUGGUUUGUGUUCCGCAACUCCGAGCCCCGUUGCUAGGACAAAACUAUCCCGUGCUUGCCAACCUACUAAGAAAUAUACUGCUGAAGAUGGCCGAAAAUUUAAAAGUGUAA